CCUAAUAGCGUGUUAGACGAGUUAAUCACGUUUUUGAUAUAUGGGCCCCGCAUGUCAGUGUCAACGUGUACCGAGCCCUUUGUCACGGUGAACCGGGCCGGGUUUGGAGCCAACUGGUUAAAAGGAAAUCAUAUCUAAUUAGGUUCCAAAAUAUGGUAAUCGGGUCGGGUCGUGUCUGGCUCCACUGAAUCGGGCAUGAUUUCAUCUUAAUCGGUUGGUUCAGACCCGACCUGGUCCACCAUGGUAAGUGGCUCGGUCCACGUUGGCACUAACAUGCGAGACCCACAGGUCAAAACGUGGUUAGUUCGUAUGGCACGCUAUUAAGACCUAUUCGCAAUUCAUUAGAAUAAUAUACGUGAUGAAAUCUAAAAGAAUCGUAGAAGUGGCGUUGUACGUCCCAGUAAGCGGUGUAACGUGAAAUUUCCUCUCUCUUGGCAUUGUCUAGUUGAUGUUGCGGCAGAACCGUCAUGUUUAAAGCUGAACAGUUGACACAGACUGCAGAUAGGACCGCUGAUGCCGGCUGCUGACCGACCGACCGAUCGUGCAUCAUUACCUCCUUUUGCAGCAACAUCGCAAGAACCGAACAAAUCAAUCCUGCGCGGUCCAAGGCAUCUGAAUCAAUGGAGAGCCGCCGUCGGGAAAAUCCGCCGGCGCCGCAGCCGCACCUGCUGUUCGUGACCAGCCCACUGCAGGGCCACAUCAACCCGGUGCGCCGCCUCGCCGCGCGCGUCGCCGGCGCAGCCCUGGUCACGGUGUCCACGGCCGUCUCGGGCCACCGCCGCAUGUUCCCCUCGCUCGCGUCACCCGACGAGGAGGCCAUCGAAGGCAACGGCAUGCUGCACGCUCCUUACUCCGACGGCUUCGACGAAGGUUUCGACCCUGAGAUCCACGACGUCCGCUCCUACGGCCCCCGAGCCCGCGCCGUCGGCUGCGAGACGCUCUCGGGCGUCGUCGCACGCCUCGCCCGGCGCGGCCGCCCCGUGACCCGCGUCGUGUACACCUUCCUCGUCCCGUGGGCGCCCGACGUGGCGCGCGCCCACGGCGUCCCCGCGGCGCUGUUCUGGAUCCAGCCGGCUGCUGUCUUCGCCGUGUACUACCACUUCUUCCACGGCCACGAAGCCGUUCUCGCUUCCUGCGCCGACGACGAGGACGGUAUCGUCAGCUUGCCGGGGCUGCCGCCGCUCAGGCCCCGCGCGCUCCCGUCCAUCGUGUUAACCACCGCGCCGGAGCAACAGCGGCACACGGUGCUGCAAACGCUGCGGGAGCUCUUCUUGGCGCUGGACGACGAUGAGCAGCAGCAGCAGCAGCAGCACAGGCCCAAGGUGCUCGUCAACACGUUCGACGCGCUUGAGCCAGAGGCGCUCCGUGCGGUGCCGCAGUUCGAGCUCGUCGCCGUCGGGCCGGUAGUGCCGCCGGAGCCGGACGACGCGUCGUCUCCUUCGAGCACAGACCUGUCUCUGUUCGGCGGCCACGACGUCGAGAAGCAGGCGUCCAUGGAGGAGUGGCUAGGCACGAAGGCGGCGCGGUCCGUGGUAUACGUGUCGUUCGGCAGCUUAAUCGCGGCGAGCAAGCGGCAGGAGGCUGAGCUGAGGCGAGGACUAGAAGCCACCGGCCGGCCGUACCUAUGGGUAUCCAGCACGGCUGCCGCCGCAGACGAAGAAUUCCCAGAUACGGAGUUAUUGGAGGGCACGAAUAACGGGAUGGUGGUGGACUGGUGCGACCAGGCUCGGGUGCUCUCGCAACCGGCGGUGGGGUGCUUCGUGACGCACUGCGGCUGGAACUCGGCGCUGGAGAGCGUCGCCUGCGGCGUGCCCGUCGUGGCCGUGCCGCAGUGGACGGACCAGCCGACGGUGGCGUGGAUCGUGGAGGAGUGCGCUGGCGUCGGGGUGCGCGCGCGGGUGGACGGCGAGGGCGUGGCGGAAGGAGGCGAGAUCCGGAGGUGCGUGGAGGCGGUCAUGGGAAACGUCGACGACGUAGCCGUGGGGAUCCGAGCAAAUGCGAGCAGAUGGAGGGAGCGGGCCAUGGAGGCGAUCGCCAGCGCCGGGACGCUGGACAAGAAUCUCCGAGCGUUCGUGUCAGGGUUACCGCGCAACGCACUAGAUGGUUAAAUCCUCGCAUCGCUGGAAGUAAAUCUCUUGCUGCUUCCGGAUGGCAACCGACGGGUUCGGUCAUGGGUACAGCUCUACCAUAUCCGUACCCGACGACCCGAGCCUCAACCCCGUACCCGUGGUCGGGUAUGAAACUUUACCAUAACCGCCACCCGUCACGGGUACGGGUAACCCGUGGGUAUUUUUACCUGACCCGCCACCAACAAUAAGUCGCGAAAAAAACACAGAAAAAAGCAGAAGAGGAAAUCGCAGAAAAAAAAAUCCUUGAAAUCCCUCAUUGUCUCCAUGCCGCGACAGGAACGGCGGCGGCGUGCCAGAUCCACGGCGUCGGGACUCAAUCUGACGGCAGCGGGGGCAGGGUCCACCGGAUCCCAUGGCGUCGGGUCCCGAUCCGGCAGCGGCGGGGGCACCAUCGGCCGGAUCCCACAAGCCACGGCGUCGGGUGCAUUGCCACCGCUUCCCUCGUCUUGAUGCGUCGCCGCUGCCGGAGACCGGGAGGAGGCAGGGGCGCAAGCCGGAGUGGAGGGUGGAGGAGGUGGGGGCGUUAGCCGGCACAGACUGGAGGAGGAGGACCGGAGCAGUGGAGGAGGAAGGAGGCGAGGCGUCGGGGCGUCAAGGAGCAGUGGAGGAGGGAGGAUGUGCGGGGCGUCGGCGGACUGGCAGAGGGAGCCGGAGAUGAAGGAGGUGGAGCGGCGGCGGAGGGAGCAGGAGGGACCGAGGGAGGAGGCGGCGGCGCGACCCCAGGGCGGCUGGUGGAGGAGGCGGAUGGAUGGGGUGAAUUGAUUAGGGUUAGGUUUAGGGAGAUUCCGGAAGUAUAUACCAAACUUAUUGGGGCUAGGCAAGAUUUACUGGGCUUUUGUAAUGGGCUGCCACAGGUGCGGGUAUACGGGUAUAGGGGUUCGGGUACUCCAAUACCAUACCCGUCGGGUACAAAAUUUUACCAUUUACAUACCCACGGGUAUUUUUUUUACCAUACCCGUAUCUUAAACGGAUACAUACCCGUCGGGUAUGCGGGUAUUGGGUACCAUUGCCAUCCGGAUUGCUGCUA